CGGACACUACUUGCCUAAUUCGGAGAUGGUCGACGGAGGGCUUCCCUGCUUCCGCUGAGUCGCCAAGGAGAGCGGGCGAUCCUAAGGUUCCCUGCUCGAGAGCUCCUGAGGUUUAUUCUCCCCGUCUCUUGUUCCCCACUGAGCCCUAAUUCUUCUGGACGUUUGUGGGUGACCUCGACGCCGGGGCAUCCCAUACUGCCGUGGGAUAAGACUUUCAGAUGGAAACUAAACCACUAACAGCUGAAGCAAUUGCCCUGACUGAGAAAAAGAUGGAUAUGACCUUAGAUGAUAUCAUUAAAAUGUCCAAGAAAAAUACGUCGAAGGGGAGAAGACCUAUGAGGAUGCCGAUUAAGAGCCAAGGCUUUCAAAAUGGCAACCGUUCCCAGAAUAAUGCCAAAGUUCAGCAGUUCAUGGAAUCUAGGUCAUCAAUUAGGCAGGGUUUUCUUGCACAGAGAAGAUCAAAUUUUCAUGGGAAUCAGUUUCAGAUGACAACAGAGAUUGCAAGGAAGGUUUCUGCAAUGCCUAUUCGCAACAGGCUAGUGAAUCAGAGCCAGCCAAGGGCUGUUACUUCAGCGCAAAGGCAGGCUGCUGAUGGUAGCUUCGCAGGAAAGAAGGAUAAGGUGGUAACCGAGCAGAAGCCAGAGACCAUGGAUGCACUUUUUGCAAAUAUGAAGAAGCAGAGGAUGAUGAUGAUCACCCAGCAGGCAAAGCAGUCUAAUGGUGAUCGGACCGCCCAAAGGCACAGUAUCUCACACCAUCAUCGUGGUAGAGGUGGAGCACGGAGGGGCUCCUCUCAAUGGAGUGGCAACUUUCGCAAGUGAGAUAUAGAUCAGCGCAUAUCAGUUUCCACAUAUCCAACCUUUUUCCCUCGUUCUUGGAGUGAUUAUUAUGUGAUUGAACUCACUACAGUGUAGACAGUUCCAUUUCUCUUUAAACAACUCUGGUGUCAAUCUUUCUUGGCUACGGAUAAAAUUCGCAGUUGGAUGGUGAAAGCCUUGUGGUUGUAUCAGCUCGGUGUUAUGAUGUAUCGAGUUCCUUGCCUAGAGUUGCCUAAGCAGGGAGGGAAAAAAAAGAUGGCAAGCAGCAGUCCUGUCGAUUGCUCCUUCCUUGUUUAUGACAAAGGCAGUAAAGGUUCAAGAUUUAAAGAUGCUAUGUUAUGAAUCUUCGAUAUCUUUAUUGCAAUGGAAAGCUUGUUUUGGAUUGCUAGUG